GCAGUCUCUGGUCAUCCCUGUACUGUGUCCGCAGUCUCUGGUCAUCCCCUGUACCAUGUAUGCAGUCUGUGGUCAUCUCUUGUACUGUGUCCGCAGUCUCUGGUCAUCUCCUAUACUGUGUCCGCAGUCUCUGGUCAUCUCCUGUACUGUGUCCGCAGUCUCUGGUCAUCUCCUGUGCUGCGUCUGCAGUCUCUGGUCAUCUCCUGUACUAUGUCCGCAUCUCUGGCCAUCUCCUGUACUAUGUCCACAGUCUCUGGUCAUCUCCUGUACUAUGUCCGCAGUCUCUGGUUAUCUCCUGUACUAUGUUUGCAGUCUC